AAAURUUGGGCCAGAGAGUCAUAAGAGAGAAUGGUUAACUUACAAUGUUGAAACAAAAAUGUUUUAUUGUUCAUUUUGUAUUGUUUUUGCCAAAGAAAUUAAUCGAUAUGUAUUAGGGUGUGAUUCUUCUAUAAGUAAUAAUCCUUAUGAGAGAAUUAAGGAACAUGAGAAAUCUGUUAAUCAUUAUCAGUGUACAGAAGCAUUUUUAAUGCAUUCUCAGGCCAAAGAUAUACUUGGCCGAUUUACUGAAAGAAAACGGAUAGAAGUUCUUAGAAAAAGGGCCAUUUUGGAAAGAAUAAUUGAGUGUAUCAAGUUUAUAGGAAAAAGGGGACUAAGCUAUAGAGGUKCAAAAAAUGCAGAAUCAGCUUACACGUUAGGAGACCAAAAUUUAGACCAUGGAAAUUUUCUUGAAGCACUUUUAUUAGUYGCCAAAUUCGAUCCUGUUUUAAAAACUCACAUUGACGAAGUAGUAAUCAAAAGUUCUAAACAUCAUGAACGAAAUUCUGGAGUUGGUAGACCAGGAAACUUUGUAACUUUGSUAUCAAAGACCACCGCUGACUAUAUUAUUGAAUYCAUAGGAAAGCUUAUGAAGACACAUAUUGUUAAAGAUUUACAAAAAGCUCAAUUUUUUAGUGUACAAAUUGAUUCUACACAAGAUGUCAACAUUCACGAUCAAUUAAGUAUAGUAGUUCGUUAUGUUACUGAUAAAGUAAAUGAACGUCUUAUUGCUGUAGUUAAURGUACUUCGGRCACUGGAAAAAAUUUAUGUGAUACAGUAUGUAAGGUUAUGACUGAUUUGGGUAUUGAUAUGAAAAAGUGUAUUGGAUCUUCGACAGAUGGUGCCUCUAACAUGAGAGGGCAAUACAAUGGGUUUAAAGCAUGGAUGGAAAAAGAAGCACYCGGUCAAGUUCACGUAUGGUGCUACGCACACGUUUUAAAUUUAGUUAUGAUUGACACCACUAAAGUAAGUGUACAAAGUAUCAGUUUAUUUGGUGUACUGAAUUCGUGUGCUGUCUUUAUCAGAGAAUCAUACUUAAGGAUGGCCAAAUGGGAAGAAACAAGCAAGUAUAAAACUAUUUCAAUAAUAGGUGAAACACGAUGGUGGGCAAAAGAUAGAAGCCUUACAAAAGUUUUUGGAGUAUUUUCUAAACCAGACUGUGCACUCUUCGUUGAUUUAAUUGAAACCUUUGAUCAUAUCUACAACAAUAAUAACUUUCAAUCGGAUAUUAGAUUCAGAGCAAAAACUUUACUUGAUAAUUUACUUAAAUUUGAAACAAUUAUCACUGCCCAAAUAUAUUUACGUAUUUUUUCUUCGACAACCUCUUUAUCAUUGUACUUACAAACUCAAGGGAUGAAUAUGAUUCAAGCUUAUAAAAUGGUUGAAACUACAAUUAAGACUUUACAAUCUGAGUCAAGAGAUUUUGAAACCAUACUUGAAUCAACAAAAACAUUUGUCAUGUGGGUUAACUCACAAUUUGAAACUAGAGGUCUAGAUUAUUCAAUCGAAGAAACGUUUACAGCAAAUCGAAGAAAAAAUAAAACAAAAAGUAAACAUUUUGACUGUUUUCAAGAACAUGAAAACAAACCAAUUAAUUCAUUUAMAGUUCACGUUUUUAAUGUUAUAUAUGAUCAAAUACUAAGUAGUUUAAGAAACAGGUUUGAAAAACAUAAAGAUCUUUAUUUAUUGAAUGAAUUUAUGGUAGAGAUGAAGGAUUUUUCACAAAAAUGGGAUAGUAUUMAAUCUUUGGCAAAUUAUGAAAUAAAAGAUUUCUCCCAAGAAGAUGAAUUAGAAAAUAUAGAACAACAAAAUGAAGAAAAUUAUAAACAAAAAAAAGAGGAUUUUAAGU